CCCGAUGCGAUCGCCUCGCGAGGGAGUUGCGUCAUCGCGAUCCCUUUCACCGAAUGCAGACGCACGAAAGCGGAGCCUCCUGUUUACAUCUCGGUGUCCGAACGCGAUCGAGACUGACGCUUCGCGAUGGGAUCGUCCUACGAGCUUCCCCCUGCGUGACGGCAGGAGACGCGAUCGACUCGGCGACGUGGGAUGAUGGCUUCCAUUCCGCGGAAUCGAAUGACCUCUCGGUCGUCCGUGCCUAAGGGAAGGAUCGAACUUCAUUGUCACCUGGAAGGAGCCAUAAGGCACACCACCAUAUGGGAGCUUCUCAAGACGAAGAGAUUAGCGCUGCCUGGGAAUGGAUCCUUGGAAGCCCUCAUCGACGCAUUGACCAUACACCAGCCGAAGGACCUGAAUCAUCUUCUCUCCAAGUUCUCCAUCUUCAUGCCCGCCGUUACAGACGAUGUGGACGCAAUCGAAAGGAUGGCAUUUGAAUUCGUGGAGGACGAGGCCAGGCAAGGGGUUUGCUAUUGUGAGGUCCGCUAUUGCCCUUUCCUCCUCUUGCAGAAGCACAGCAACGAUCAUCUCCUCAAGCUCGAUCCGGGUUUCGUCCCCGAACACAACGAGAUCCGGCUGGAGGGACAGGACAAAUACCCGACGGUUCGAGACGUGGUGAGAGCCGUGAAUCGGGGUUUCCAGCGCGGAGAGGAGGAGACCGGCGUGAAGGCACGCUCCAUCCUCGCCUGCAUCAGGGGAAUGCCUGAGUGGUCGCGUGACAUCCUGGAGCUGUGCGAAGAGUUUUCCCAUAGCGUGGUGGGAAUCGACAUCGCCGGAGACGAAGUCGGGAAAACCUCGAAGGGCAAAACCGAAGAAGAGGCCAUGUUGGACGAGGAAGACGUUUGGGCCUUUCAACAGGCGAAGCAGAAGGGAAUCCAUCGGACCGUCCAUGCUGGCGAAGUCGGGCCUCCUCAAAUGGUUCAGAAGUACGAAUAUCGUAAUAUAAAGAAGAGUCUUUCUGUUGGUGAGGCGCUGGACGUGCUCCACGCCGAGAGGAUCGGGCACGGGUACAACGUGUUGAAGGAUUCGAAGAUCUACCAGAAAUGUCUUCUGAGUGGGGUGCAUUUCGAGACCUGCCCUCAUUCGUCGUGCCUCACGGGCGCCGUUCCCCUCGCUACGGCCAAGCACCCCAUCGUCAGGUUCGCCGAGGACGGUGCGAAUUUCUCCAUCAGCCGCGAUGACCCGACGGUGACGAUGGCAAGUCUUCAGGAAGAAUAUGACCUUCUGGUCGACUGGGGCCUCACCGAGGCUCAUCUCGCCCGAGCCAAUUUCAAUGCAGCCAUGGCAAGUUUUCUCCCCGUGAAGGAGAAGAAGGCCCUGAUGGAGAAGCUAAAAGGUAUUUAUGGCGUGCCGGAUUCGGAGAGCCUGAGUCGAAUGGAUUGGAUACCCACGAAUCAACCAUCCGUCAAAUUCGGCACAUGGGACGAUAGAUGAACUGAAAGGAGGGGGGGGGGAGGCCUUAUCGUCUCACGGCGAUAAGGCCUGACCAUUAUUUCUUAUGCGCUCCAUGUACUAAUUUCAUUAUAUGAGUUUUAGGAAAGAAUGUUAUUAGCGUCUUUCGUGAAAACUUCCGGGUACGGCACCUUUAAAUAUUAAUACGCUGUUACUCCUCUCGCAAGGCUUUCUCAAUAAAUGCCGUC